AUGAAGGCCAUCCUGGAGCUGCUGGUCCGCACCGGGGAGUUCGAGGUGGUGCCCUUCCCCGAGAAGACCAUCCUGGAGGACCCCGUGGAGGCGUGGCCACACCCGGUGGAGGUGCUCAUCAGCUUCUUCUCCGACGGCUUCCCGCUGGACAAGGCGGAGGCUUACGUGGAACUCAGGAAGCCCCACGUCAUCAACAACCUCACCGCGCAGCGCAUACUCCUGGACCGCAGGCAGGUCUACGCCCUGCUCAGUGCGAACGGAAUCCCCCACCCGCAGGCCGUGAUCGUGGAGAGGGACCCGGAGACCAAGGAGCUCUGCGGUGAGGCCGCGGAGAGCUUUGAGGAGGGCGACGAUUUCGUCAGGGUGGGGGACAGGAAGGUGAACAAACCUUUCGUCGAGAAGCCCGUGGACGCCGAGGACCACAACAUCUGCAUCUACUACGCCUCCUCCAACGGUGGGGGCGUGAAGCGCCUGUUCAGGAAGGUCGGCGACCGGUCCUCCGAGUUCGACCAGGAGACAAGCGGCAUCCGCCGCGACGGGACGUACAUGUACGAGGCCUUCAUGCAGACCCAGGGCACCGACAUCAAGGUGUACACGGUCGGGCCGGAGUACGCCCACGCAGAGGCGCGGAAGUCGCCGGUCAUCGACGGCGUGGUGCAGCGGGACCAGCUCGGCAAGGAGCUCCGCUUCCCGGUCGUCCUCACCGCCAAGGAGAAGGAGAUCGCGCGCCGCGUCUGCCUCGCGUUCGGCCAGACGGUGUGCGGUUUCGACCUGUUGCGCACUGAGACAGGCUCCUACGUCAUCGACGUCAACGGCUGGUCGUUCGUCAAGGGACUGCAGCGGUACUACGAGGACGCGGCGAUGGUGCUGCGCAAGCACAUGCUUGGCGUCACCGGCCGCAGGAAUUCGUGGACGCCGCAGAUGCCGUCGUCGAUCCCGUCGAGCCCGGACGUGUCGCACACCUUCCAGGCCGCUCCCGGGGUGGUGCACGAGGCCGCUCCCAGCACCACCAGGAAGAAGUACUCCCUGCCGCCCGACCGCUGGGACCGGCAGGAGCUCCUGGCCGUGCUGGCGGUGAUGCGCCACGGCGACCGGACGCCGAAGAACAAAAUGAAGAUGACGACGUGCCGGGCGGAGUUCUUGCAGCUGCACAAGACGUGGGCCUCCGGACCACAGAAGGAGGUCAAGCUGAAGACGCCCAAGCAGCUCCAGCAGGUGCUCGACAUCACCCACUCGAUCUUGCCCGGCAGCUCGACCUCCGACGGCGACACCGCCGCUAGCAACCUUGGGAUGGGCCGCCAGAUCUCGCUGGACGAGCAGGAGGCGGAGGCCGUGCAGCUGAUAAAGGCCGUGCUCGAGACUGGCGGGCAUUUCGAUGGGAUAUACCGCAAGGUGCAGCUCAAGCCGACGGCUUGGCACGAGGACGGCAGCGUGCAGGCGCUGCAGCUGGUGCUCAAGUACGGCGGCAUCAUCACGCCAGCGGGGGUGGUCCAGGCGGAGAACCUCGGCCACUCGUUCCGAGGCGAGAUGUACCCGGGCAACUGCGCGGCGGCGGCCGAGAGCCGCGGGGGCUCGGGCGUGCACUCCAACGGCCUCCUGCGCCUGCACGCGACCCAGCGCCACGACUUCAAGGUCUACAGUUCCGACGAGGGGCGCGUCCAGAUGACGGCCGCGGCCUUCACGCGCGGGCUGCUCGACCUGGAGAAGGGCAACCUCACGCCCAUCUGCGCCGCCCUGGUGCAGAUCGACCCCAUGACGCUGGACGAUCUGCCUCCGAAGGCGCAGCCGCUGCUGGAGGACGCCAAGCAGGACCUCUACGAGAAGAUCAACGGGGCGCUUGCGGGCAAGCCUCCCGCCUCGGAGCCGCGGGAGGAGGUGCCGGGAGGCGCCGCUGCACCCGCGGGCGAGUACGGCUGGCAGGAGAUGCACGACGACCUGGUUCUGAUGCAGGAGAAGGUCGAGGCAGUGGUGGAGGAACUCAAGUCGCUGGAUAUGGACUCGAUCGAGAUUGUGGAUUGCGCUGCGGUCACGCGGGCGCGGAAGAGCAUCGCCAACAAGGAGACGUUUAGGAUGGACUCGCCGGGCCCAGGCACGAGGGGCCACGCCUCCGGCAGGAGGGUCUGCUGCAGCACGUGCCGGAUGCCUAUCCUCUGCCUGAAGCGGUGGGAGAAAUUGGCCGGCGGGCUUGUGGGACAAGAAGACAAAGAAUUGGAACAUAUCCAAGGUGCCAGAGAUCCACGACGCGGUGAAGUACGACCUGAUACACCACAAGCAGUUGGUGUCCGGUUUCGCAGACUUGUGUGCCGUCUCGAAGCGUUUAAAUGA